AUGUGGCGCAGACUGACGGACGCGAUCGCGGCGCCGCCCGACGCGAAACCGCCGCCCGACGCGUUCGCGCGCGACGGGUCGCUGCUCGAGCUGCGCGUCGAAGCCCUGGAGGCGUUCGCGCUCGGCGACGGCUUGCACUCGAGCGGGCAAAAAGCGAGCGCGAUAGACGCGCUCGAUCGAUGCGGCAUGCGUCGCACGUGGAAGAGCGCGUUCGACCUUCUCGUCGCCAUCGGGCGGUGGCGCGGGUACGAGAACCUCGCGAUACGGCGCCACGGCAUCCCGACCGCGUUCCCCGCGCGCGUCCUGGACGAGGCAGACGCCGUCGAAGCCGCCGCCAUUGCCGCCGCCGACGGCGACGUCGACGACGACGUCGACGCGGCGACGCGGAAAGACUUGCGCGGCCGGUUCGACGUCUACGCGAUCGACGGCGACGACACGUUCGAGGUGGACGACGGCGUGAGCGCGGAGGCGAUGGGUCCCGGGAGCGGCGACGCCAUCCGCGUGUGGAUCCACGUCGCGGACGUCGCGCGGCACGUGCGGUUGGGUGGCGCGCUGGAGGCGGAGGCACGCGAGCGCGGCGCUUCGGGCUACGCGCCGGAUCGCGUCGUGUCGAUGUUCCCGCCGCGCCUCGCCGCGGAGACGCUGUCGCUGCGGUUGAACGAGCCGCGGUGCGCGGUGAGCGUGAGCGCGGUGAUCGACGCGGACGGCGACGUGCGCGAGUACUGGAUCGGGCCGUCCACGGUGACGGUGACGCACGCGAUGUCGGACGCCGACGUCGACGCCGCGCUGCGCGAGGAUGAGGAAAACGCGGGGAAAACGGGGGCGAAAACGCACCCGGCGUUGGCGUUACUCGUCGAGGCUGCGGCGCGGCGACGACGGCGGCGCGAGCGCGACGGCGCGAUCAACGUGGCCACGCCGGAGUGUAUCGUGAAGGUUCGGACGCGCGAGGAAGGAAGCGACAGCGACAGCGACAGCGACGGACGGGGGAAGAAUGGAGGCGCGCCUCUCAGAACGGCCCUCGGGUUUUUGUCCGAGGACGAGGACGAUCUCGACGGCGAUCUCGACGGCGGCGAAAAAGGCGGCAACGCCGGCGAACGCGCCGCGAACGCGGUCAGAGCCAUGGAAAGCGACGCCAUGCGCGUGGAACUCUCGAGACAGGACGCGGACUCGAGAUCGAGGCUGCUCGUGAGCGAGAUGAUGAUCCUCGCUGGCGAUCUCGCGGGGGCGCUCGGCGCCGAGGAGGGCGUCCCCCUUCCCUACCGGAGACAGGCGCCGCCGAGGGACGACGCGCGCGACCGCGACGUCGUCGACGCGCUCCCGCCCGGUUUGCCCCGCGAGUUCGCGAUCCGCGCGACGAUGCGCGGUGCGACGCAGAGCUCCUCGCCGGGCCCGCACGCGAGCUUGGGCGUCGACGCGUACGUGCAGUUCACGUCGCCGAUCCGCCGGCACACGGAUCUCCUCGCGCAGUAUCAACUGAAAGCGCACCUGCGCGGCGAGCGAAAGCUCCCGCUGGAUAAGGCGCGUAUUCCUCACACUGGUCCCCAUACGACCCCGUUCGCGCGGUGCACGCCGAUCCUUGAGGACUUUCUCUCCCGGCGCCUCACGAUGGACGCGAUGCUGAGGGACAACGCGGACGCGACGCGCGCGCUGCGAAGCGCGAUGCGCGCGAGCGACGCGUUCUGGAUCACGUACUGGUACGCGAGCCGCCCGGCCGGGACGACGCACCGCGCGACCGUCGCGAAGUGGAUCCGACGCCAAGACGGGCUCGCCGUGGUCGUCUUCGACGAGACGGGGCACGAGUCCGCCGCGAAGGUGGACGAGAGGGCGGAGCUCGGGAGCGCGGUGGAUUUAGUCGUGAUGGAGGCGAACCCGUUCUACGAGCAGCUCAGGUUCGGGAUGGCGGAGAAGUGA